UUCCUUCCAAAGUUUCAAGGCUGUCUUUAACUUUUCCUGUCUUCUCCUUCGGCUCUCAUAAAUUUUUUUUCUUUUCUUUGUGUAGAAUUUUCUUUUUGAUGUAAAAUAAUAUCAGAGAAACUAAAACAACAUCAGUGACGUAGUUGAAGGAUUGUUGUUCUUGUUCGUCUGAGACUCAGAAUAUUAUGGCCACUUCCCUAGGAUGUUCAUCUUCUGCGGAACAAAGAGGGGGAGAAGGAAGAGGGGUGGAAACAGAGAAAGACCCAUGUCAUGGAGAAAUUAUAAACAAGCUUGCUAAUGCUCUAAUGAAGAAACUCACAAGCUUAGACCCCUCGAAGACCCUCACACCGGAUCACAUGAAUGGUGUCAAACAAGGCCUUUCUGUAUUCUACCCUGUGUUUCGCUCACCUGAUCAUCCCACCUAUGCUGUGAUGAUACAGAGGGCAAUUGCUGAGUUGAAUGAGGAAGGGGGGUCGACUCGAGAAGCAAUAUCAAAAUUUAUUAGAGAGCAGUUUGACUGUUUGCCAUUGGCUCAUGAAAGUUUCUUGAGUCAUCACUUGAAGAAACUUAGCGAGAGCGGAGAAAUUCUGAGUGCUUCAAAUAAUUGUUAUAUGCUUCGGGCUGAAGAUAAUGAUUAUGUUUCUCGAAGGGAGCGAGUGCAGAAAAAAAAGACUAGUGGGCUGGGUAGGGGAAGAAGAACAAGAAAUGGAAUUGAGCAUAAAAAACUGGCAGAAGAACAAGUUGAAGUAACUGAAUAUAGAGAACGGAGGCAGCAAAGUCAGGAGCCAGAGGUGAUAGUUGAUCAAAAUGGAUGCUCAGAGCAACAAAAUGAACAACAAGAUGAAGCGAAUAGAGAAGUUGCAAUGGCUGUGGCAAAACAGAAUUAUAAAGUGACUAAGGUGAUUGACGAUCACAGUGGACCUCCUGAGGAACAGCAAGACGAAGUGAAUGGGCAAAAAACUGAAAAACGAAUGCAAGAAGUUGCUGUGAUUGUUGAAAAGCAGCACAAUUCAGAAGAGAAAUAUAAAGCAACUGAAGAACAAGUUGAACUGAUUGAACAGAGACAACAUGGGCAGAAUUGUCUUGAACCGAAUCAAGGGCAAGAUGAACUGAUUGGACACCAAAGUCAAACUGAAAUGCAAGAAGUUGUAAUGAUUGUUGGAAAGCAGAAUAAUGCAAAAGAGAAAUAUAAAGUGGCUGAAGAACAAGUUGAAAUGACUGAACAGAGAUUACAUGGGCAGCAAAGUCAAGAACUGAGUCUACACGAACAGCAUAGUAGGCUGAUUGACGGUGAAAGGGGAUCUCCUGAUAAACAGCAUGAUGAAGUGAAUGGACAACAAAGUAAAAAUCAAAUGGAAAAAGGUACAGUGAUUGUUGAAAAGCAGAACAAUUCUGAACAGAAACAUAAAGCAGUUGAAGAGCAAGUUGAAGUUCCUGAACAACAGAGGGAACACAGGCAACAAAGUCAAGAACUAAGUCUAGAAGAACAGCUAAAUAUGGUGAUUAACAUUCAAAAUGGAUGUCCAGAGAAACCAAAUGAACAUGCUGAUGGAUCUCCAGAGAAACAAAACGAACAUGCAGAUGAAGCAAAUGGGCGACAAAUUCAAAAACAAAUGCAAGGAAAUGCAGUGAAUUUUCGAAAGCAGAGUAAUGCAGAAGAGAAAUAUAAAGUGACUGAAGAAAACAUUCAAGCACAAAGGGAUGAACUUAUUGAAGAACAGUGUCAAUCAGAAGAACAACAAUGUGAAGUGACCAGAGAACAAUUACAAAUUGAAGGAAUUGAAAGAGAGAUUCAGUUACUAGAGGAACAAGUUGAAAUAAUUGAAAAGAUGACUACACCAGGAGAGCAAAUUGAAAUGAUUUCUGAACGAAAUAAGCCGCAAGAGCAAAGUGAAUUAAUAUCCAAGAUCGUUGGUUCUCGCAAUAUGCAGGAGUUAUUAUCAAAGAAGCAAGAGAAAGAUGCAGCUACUGCGAUCAAUUCAAGCCCUUCUCUUACAAGUCAAAAACUGCCCCACCAUGGUUCAUCAUUUUUGUCUGAGGAAAAUUAUGUAGAAUUGUUGAUGAGGACACGUAAACUUGAGGAGAAGUUGUUGGAAAAUCAGUCUAGCAUUAGGGAGGGAUCAAACCAUAGCUGUCAGAAACCUAGUACAGACUUAGAGGAGUUAUUUUCAAAGCAUGGAAAGCUAGCCGCCCAUGAUAGUCAGCCGCAGAUGCCCAAGUGCCAAAACAAAUCAAUUAACACUUUUCCUGAUGUUGAAUUGCCACAACAAGAAGAUAUUGGAAACGUAGAAAGAUCAUUGGAACUGUUAACAAUGGAAGCAGAGAAUAUCAGAGAAAAAUCCCGGCAUGUUGGAAAGAAGACUUGUCUAAACUUUGAAGCAAAGCAUGAGAAAGAAAAGCAUAGUGCUGCCUGCGAUCCCAACCUUUGUUGUCAGCAGAAGCCAUCCGUCUCUCUGCAAGUUGCAAGUUGUGAGGAUGUCCCCAAGCACUCACCAGACCAGGAACUGGAACGGAAACUGAAGAACCAGCAACCAGAACUUCAAAAGCCACAAAGACCUCAAGGUGUCGAAUUACUGUCAGUUGAGGGAGGCUAUAAGGCUCAUGAAUCUGAGCCAAACAUUAUGGACGGUUCUGUUGAUUUGCUCCAGGCAUCAAAGCAUCAGAAGAGGCAGCUGCAUCCUCGGCAUAAAAAGACAUCUGAAUCUGGUUGUGGGGUGCCAAAGGCACGUAAAUGCCAGGAACUUGAGAACGAGAAGCAGCCCAGAGAAGAAAUUCAGGAUAUGGGUAUGAAGCUUGAUCAUUUUGCAGUUAAGCUGUCAUUUCAAGCACAGAAAAAAACUCAGGAGCCAGCACAGCAGAGGCAAUUGCGUCCGCGGCGCCAAAGGCAGUCCAAAUCUGAAGAGUCGAUCACUACAUCGAUGGUGGAAUCACCACCCACAAGGCUGGAUACCCUGAUAUCAAACCUUCAAGAAGCUGAAAAUCCUCAGGAGCUAAAGACAUCAGCAGCGAAAACAGGUCCCACACAGCAGCAGAGGCAACUUCGACCUCGAGACAAAAAGCUGCCUGAAUCUAAGGCAGUUCUGUCACCUUCACAAUCUCUGGAUGAGCAGUAUCCAUUGCUUUCAAACAGUGGAAGAUCUCAAAUGCAACAGCCGAGAGUGAAUGAUUCAUCUCAACUGAAGAACCGACAUCGACAUGAUGAAUUGUCCCAAACAAUGAAAGAGCUGCAGCGUAAUCUGAAAUUACAAUCCCACAGCCAAGGUGUUUCACAAUCUGAUCCUAGUGUGUCCAUGACAGAAUCAUCACCCUCACAGAACCCAUGUGAGGAACCCCAAGAAAAGAUGCACCAUGAUGAAUUGCAGCACCUGAAACAUCAAAAGCAUAAGAAGCCUCCUAGACCAAAAGAAAAUGGAGAACCAAUUAUGGAGGUUUUGUCCCCAUCAGCUGACCAGCAGCCACAGAAGCGAGGGAGAGGGAGGCCUCCUAAAGCAAAACUGUCUACAGCUGCAACCAGCUAUGCAUCACUGCCUGCUAAAUGCCAGAAGCAGAAGGAGCAACUGGAAAAACGAAAACAAGGGAGGCCCCGUAAGUUGACAGCAAAAAUUACUUUAGCAAGGAUCAAAUUGACCUUAAAGAACCAACCACGGCAACAAAAGCGAGGGAGGGGAAGGCCUCGAAAAGUGACUGAAGAAACCUAAGAAGGCAACUAUGAAUGCUUAGUUCCCUAAUAUCACUAGCAUUGUAGUUCACCAGUUUGUAGGCUUAUUAUCACAAAACAUCCUUAAGGUUUACGAAACUAUCAUAUUGCAUCUAUAAUGUUUUUAUU